AUGAAAUUUCAGGAUAAGUUUCAGGAAGGUACUGAAAAGGGGCUCCUGUUAAAUUAUGUUCAAACCCCUGUUCCUCAAAGAUUAAAUGUUCUUUUAUUCACAGCCGUGUGGCUAUGGUAUUUGAUUGUCAAAUACCUAAAUAACAACAAUAUAAACAUCUCAGAUGUUCUACAAUUAAAAUUAAGGAACGAUAUGCACCAGGCUCCUACAAAUAGACAAUUAUUAAGAUUUUCAUACCUUUUUGCCUGGAAACUAACUAAAAUUUUCAUACUCACUCAUGUUGCCAUAUUAUUAAUAUUUAGUAAUUAUAACGAACAAGAUAUAUUUGGAAUUCAAUACCUGGUGAUUCAUUCCUUACCAUUAGUACAAUUUAUAGUAAUAGUCUUUUUGAUUUUAAGAGAAUCUGAAAUUAUUAGAUACUGUACUAAGAGACUUUUAUUGAUUGAACCUAACCCUCGGAUUCUACGCAAUGUCUACAUUUUGUUGUCAGAUACAUUAACAUCAUUCAAUAAACCUCUGAUUGAUUUUACAUUAUUUACAUCAUUAUUACUCGGGAAACCAUUGACUCAUUUUGAUCUUUUCCUAUCUUCCUUACCUUCUGGUGUCAGAAUCUUUCAAUGUUUAAGAGAAUACAAGUUGUUACAUGAUACAGAAUUAUUACUGAACGCAUGUAAGUAUUGUUCUAAUCUUCCUAUAAUUGCCUGCACAUGGUAUACAAGAACACACAAUAUGAGUAACGUUUCUCAACUAUUCUAUAGUGUCCAACUAUGUUUCUUAGUAUUGAACUCAUCAUACACAUUCUAUUGGGAUGUCAGAAGAGAUUGGACUAUUCCAUCUAUUUUUUCAUUAAGGAAAAACAAAUUAACAUUUAAACCUAAUGUUUAUUACUUUGCAAUUUUAUUUGAUUUUAUUGUUAGAUAUUGGUGGAUAUGGGUUGUAAUAUAUACUCAAAAUGAAUCUCAAAAUCAUAUAUUCUUUAAAUAUGAAUUAUAUUAUUUUGAAGUCAUACGAAGGGCCAAUUGGAUUAUAUUCAAACUGGAAUCUGAGUACGUAAAUAGACCAAUAAAAUCAUAA